AGGUGGUGUUGGACCAAUCAGAGUGAAGCAUGGCGCUGUCCUUCUGCGGUAACGACCGUAACGACUCGUACAACGUGGACGAGGGCGUGCUGAAUAACGGAUGCUUCGUCGACGCCCUCAACCUCGUGCCACAUGUCUUCCUCCUCUUCAUCACCUUCCCCAUCCUCUUCAUCGGUUGGGGUAGCCAGAGUUCCAAGGUCCAGAUCCACCACAACACCUGGCUCCAUUUCCCAGGCCACAACAUGCGUUGGGUACUCACCUUCACACUGCUGUUCGUACACGUGUGUGAGAUCGCAGAGGGAAUCGUCUCCAAUCAGCGGAUGUCUUCUCCUCAUCUUCAUCUCUUCAUGCCGGCGUUCAUCGGCUUCAUAGCGGCCACAACAUCAGUGGUGUACUACCACAACAUAGAAACCGCAAACUUCCCAAAACUACUACUGGCUUUAUUCAUCUACUGGGUGCUGGCCUUCAUCACUAAGAGUAUAAAGUUGUGGAAGUUUGUGGAGUCUGCGAAGGGGCCUCAACACCUGAGAUUCUGCAUCACCGCCAUGUUGGUUAUAGUGUACGGGUUACUAAUGGCCGUGGAGAUCAACGUCAUACGCGUCCGGAAGUAUGUGUUCUUCGCGAGCCCCCAGAAAGUAAAGCCUCCAGAGGAUCUUCAGGAUUUGGGCGUUCGUUUCCUGCAGCCGUUCGUGAAUCUGCUGUCCAAGGCCACCUACUGGUGGAUGAACCCCCUCAUCAUGGGGGCCCACAAGCGGCCCAUCGAGCUCAAGAGGAUCGGGAAACUGCCCAUCGCCAUGAGGGCGCUCACCAACUACCUACGGCUCAAGGAUGCUUACGACGAACAGAGGCAUGCGGAGGACCCUGAGAAGGCUCCGUCUAUUUGGCGUUCGAUGUACCGGGCGUUCGGGCGUCCGAUCCUCCUGAGCAGCACGUUCCGUUACCUUGCCGACCUGUUGGGCUUCGCCGGGCCGCUCUGCAUAUCGGGCAUAGUGUCCAACCUGGAGAACAGGGCAGAGAUGGACAAGAUAGCAGCCCAGAGAACAAACAAUACAGACCCGUCUGAUGUGUACUUCAUGGACACCACUGAGCUGUUGGAGAACACUCCGGUUCUAGCGGUUCUACUGUUCCUGGCACUCGUACUGCAGAGAACCUUCUUACAGGCCUCCUAUUACGUUACCAUAGAGACGGGGAUCAACCUCAGAGGAGCACUACUGGCUAUGAUCUACAAUAAGAUUCUGCGCUUGUCGACCUCCAACAUGUCGAUGGGAGAGAUGACGCUCGGCCAGAUAAACAACCUGGUCGCCAUAGAAACCAACCAGCUGAUGUGGUUCCUAUUCCUCUGCCCAAACCUCUGGGCCAUGCCAGUGCAGAUUAUCAUGGGUGUCAUCCUGCUGUACUAUCUCCUGAGGGAGAGUGCUCUAAUAGGGGCUGCUGUCAUCGUGCUGCUGGCUCCUGUUCAAUACCUCAUCGCCACACGACUAGCAGACACACAGAAGAGCACACUGGACUACUCUACAGAGCGUCUGAAGAAGACUACAGAGAUCUUGAAGGGUAUAAAGUUAUUGAAGUUGUACGCCUGGGAAAAGAUCUUCUGUGACAGCGUGGAGGAGACGCGAGGACAAGAGCUCACCAGCCUACGCACCUUCGCAUUCUACACGUCUAUGUCAAUUUUCAUGAAUGCUGCCAUCCCCAUAGCUGCUGUGCUGGCGACCUUCGUUACUCACGCCUAUCUGAAUGAGGAGCGUCUCAGCCCCUCCAAAGCCUUCGCCUCAUUGGCUCUCUUCCACAUCCUGGUCACGCCCCUUUUCCUACUCUCCACUGUGGUUCGCUUCGCCGUCAAGGCCCUGGUCAGUGUCCAGAAGCUGGGUGAGUUCCUGGAGAGGAAUGAGAUCGGCGACGACAGCUGGAGGAACGGAGACAUGUCCAUCAACCUGGACUCAUGCAAGAAGCACAGCGUGCCGAAGGCGUUUAAUCGUAAGCAGCCUCUCCGCUACCAGAUGGACAGCUAUGGCUUUGAACAGCAGCCCUCAAGACGACCCCUGAGACCUGCAGAGACAGAGGACGUGGCAGUCAAG